UCUUUGAUACAUCAAGUGACAAUGUUUGGUUUUUGGAUUUUUUUAGCUGUUGGAACUUUGGCAUUUGAUGAUGGAACUUGUGUUAAAAAUCAAACCUUACUCGAAAUUCCAGGAGAAGCUGUUUUUAGAGUAUUCGCCGAUCUCAAUUAUGGUCCUUAUUGUAAUGCAACAUCAUCUAAAGGCUUCCAAGAAUUGACGACAGCAUUUUAUAUAAUAUCUACCUUAAGUAAGAACGAUUACAUUUCUGGAAUUACACUAGGUAUAAAAAUAAUCGAUACUUGUCAAGAUUCAGCAUUAGUCUUCAAACAAUCCGUAUCACUAUCAUCUGAAUUAGAAUGUGCAGAUCAAACCUAUUCUCUUGGAAUUCUCGCUUCAUCAUCUUACACUUCAGUUCUUCAGCCAUUCAAAGAUUUUACUGAUAUUCCAAUCAUGUUCUAUUCUCCUCAAUAUAUGACUCAAACUUUGAUAACAAUUGCAGUUUCUUUUAUAAGUUCAAGAUUUAAAUCUAUCGAUCUUCUGUUGACUGACUCUAAAACGACAUUUGAAAUAUUUGGAAACGAAAGUGCAAAAGCUGGAGUCUGUAUUAAGAGUUUAGUUGAUUUAGAAGACAAAGAUAGUGAUCAAGAAUCCCUGGUUGUUAUUGCUGGUGAUGAAUUUUAUAUCAGAUAUUGGAUGCAACGUGAAGAAGUCAAAUCUAUUCAAAAGACUUGGAUCUUUAUUCCUCUAGAUUUUUCGGAUAUUCAGGAUGUCAUACCCUAUGGUUCAUUCGUUUUAUCAACUGAAACAAUUUCUGCUAAGUUGGGAAAUCAAUCGUGGGAAGGCACAGAACUGGAAGCUAUUAAAAUUUCACUGCCUUACUUACUUAGCAUGGGGAAACCAAUCAUAUCGAUCUUUAAUUUGUUUGCCAACUUUCAAAACCAUAACUGUUCUUAUGAAUCAUGUUCGUCAUCAUUUUUUGAUUAUCAAGCUCUGAAAGAUGUCUCAGAUUCCAGAGUACUUGAAAUCCUAGGAAUCCCACGUAAAUCAAAUAAAAUUCGUGUUUCUAUGAUGGGAAAACUCGAUCCAGAGGUUGAAAAUGUUGAAGAAAUAGCUUUUUAUGAAGUUGAUAUGAACUCUUUAGAAAUUUUCAUUGAUGAAAAUAGACCUAAACUAAAUUAUUGUAAUGAAAAUGAAGCAUGCAAUGACUGUAUUAAUUUACAACAUUCUGGAAACAAGAUAAAAAAUAUUUCUAAUCUAGAUCCUAAAGACAAAAUAAUUGAAGGCAUAUACUUAAUUAGAAGAGCAUGGGUCUUUAUAUUACUAGUACUUAUUGCAUGUGGAACUAUCAUUUGUCUUGGAGUGAGUGCUUACAUCUUAUACAGAUUUUUUACUGAAGAGUUUUUAGAUGGAAACCCAAUUUUAACAUAUUUUCUGAUUCUUGAAGACAUCUUUGUACUGUACUCAGUGAUUCCAUUCUGCUUAAAUGGGCAUGAUCAUGAAGAAUAUCUAAGUUCAAUCAAGAUAUUUAUAUCAACUCUCUCGACAGCCAGUGUCUUUUCCACCAUGUUAGCUAGGUCAUUUUUCUUAGCCUUCUCAACUAAAGGGGUGUUUUCCAGCCACAUAAAUGGAUUUUUGGAGGGUCUUAUGGUAUUUUUUGUUGUUGGUGUACAACUGGCAAUGUCCACUAUGUUUUUUGUUGUGAAUUCAACAGCAUCUGGAGAUGUUUUGAGAAGUUCAGGAUUUAUUGCUUUGUUAAGCUACAAUAUUCUACUUUUAUUUAUGCUCCUUGGAAUGUCAAGUCUGGUUUGGAAAAUCCCAAGAAAUUAUUGUGAAGGAAAAUGUUUCUUCUUCACAACAAUCGCACUUUUAGUGGACUGGUUGAUAUGGAUUGGAACAUUUUUGCUAGUUAGAGCAGAUUGGAGGGACAUCAUUGUAGCAUUUGGACUAGUGUCAACUGGGUACGUGAUAAUUGGAGGGCUUUUUAUCACAAGAGUUUAUUACAUGGUGACACAUUUGGAGAGAAAAAAUACUGUAAGGACUCAUUUUGAAAAUGCUGAUUUAAGAACAGAGCCUCGAAGACGUUCAUUUAGACAAACGACACGACGGCCUUUUCACGACUACGUGUUACCGAUGGAAGGUGUUAGAAAUUCAUCGGGGAGAUUUCCAACAGCGAAUCCUAAUUUCUACGGUAGUUCUAGUCCUCAACCUCAUGAACAACCAGACAAGAUUUUAGGCUUUAAUAACUAUGGAUACCAUUCUGAUAUUCAUGAAGAGAAUCACUAUGUUGUUCCAAAUGUUCGUGUUAAUACUUUAAAUUCUCAGAAAAAACGAGUAAAGAUCGAGUCUGAUUACGCACAGCCAACAUAUCCUAUUCACGAUGAGGAAGAUUUUGAUCGUCGAAAUGAUAGAGAUUGUAUUGAGACUGAAAUAUAUGUUGAAGGAAAUCGUCUUUCACCUUAUAAAAAAGGACCAAAUGAAUCAUACCCAUCACGAUGUUCAAGUCCAAGGCUUCAUCCAACAGAAGCGACAAUUAAUGAAGAGGAAGAGGAAAUUGAAGAGAUGACUAAAGUAACUCGCUUUUAAUAUAAAAUAACAUCUUUUAAUAAAUAUAAAACAUUUUAAAUAGACUUGCAAUCAAUAUAAGUGGCUAUAUUGCAAUGGUUCUUGUCUUUAAUGUAAACGAGAAUAAAAGGACUUUUCUCUAACAAUGAUUGAAAGUGAUGAUUUAACGCGAUUGAGAAAUUGUGUUACAUUGUAAUUGAGCAAUCAGGACGCAGGUGCAAAUAUCUGAUCGUUAGAUAUGUGUGAACGGUGAAAAACGUUUUCUACAUUUUUGCAAAUUAUUUUGAAAUAUCUUCGAAUAUUGCAAAUAUUUCUUUUAAAUAAAAUUAAUAACUCUAUUUUUGUUUUGUUUAAGAGUUAUUUCAAUUUUAGCAGUAUUAGAAAUGUAAAAAC